AUUUAGUUGAGAUCCAGAUUCCCAGUUUGAUGAUUCUACCAUGGAUUUGUCUGUUCCUGUUCCCUGGAAUAUUCUCGAAUGUUCUAAAAGAAGAUCUUGGAUAUAAAACAGCAGAGCUAGGAAAGUUGAAAGUGAGACUUGAAAACGAAGAUGACAUUAAAAUUUUGGAAAGGUUAUUGCCUUCAAUGCCUUCUUUAUUUUCUCAACAAAGUGACUUGGGAGAAAUGGUUUCAGAUUUAAAGUAUGGGGAAAAUCUAGUUAGUCGGGAAUCUGAGGAGAGGAACAAUAUUGUUAAUAUUGCCGGAAACAAGAUGGAUGCUAAGGUUGUGAAAGGGAUAAAGGUUCGAGGAUCUCAGGAUUCAAGAGAUCUUUCUGUGAGACAUGACGGGCUUGGAUCCGGAUCCUUGGAAUAUAAACUGAGAAAACUAGCCUCAGGAUCCUUCGAACACGGUCGGCAUAGAUCACAUGGUCAUUCUAGAUCACAUGAACAUCAUUCUCAUGAGAGCAGACGGUUCAGCUCAGAGGAAUAUGGACAUUUACUUCACUAAUUAUUGUUUAUAUUCAUAAUUUUGAAACUUCAAAUAAAGAUUAAUUUACAAAAUA